AUGCACAACAUCGACCGACGUCUCAAGCAGAGAGCAGCAUCCUCGACUCGACAAGACCAAGCCAGCGAGCGACAAGACACAACGCAAGUGCCGGUGCCAGCAAGACAAGACCACAUCACACCACGCAGACCACCUACCAUGGCUUCCAACGAGUCCCCCGCUGCUCCUCACGAGCCUCCGUACACAUACCGCCCCAACCAGGGCUACGACCAGACCGAGUCUAUCCCCGUCGAGCUGAGAACCGUGCCCAACGACGCUUCUGCCCACGAAGACGAGGAUGAUGGCGACCUCGAAGACAUUUUCGGCGAGGACGAAGAGAUUGACGACGAGGACUGGAGCGCCGACUCGGGUAACCUGACCAAGUCGUACAACCGCCAGCGUAUGUUCAACACCACCGACUCGGCCCUGCCGCGCUCCAACGCCCAGAGGCCGGCUGCCAACACCAAGUCGAGCGUCGACGACCAGAUCACCGCCCUCUCCAAGCACGCCGCGAAGAUCCGCCUGGACGGCGUCAAGGAAAAUGACGAGAAGAGCAAGGACAAGGCCGACCGGGCGACGAGCGAGCAGGUGCUGGACCAGCGCACGCGCAUGAUCUUGCUGCAGAUGAUCAACCGCGGCAUCGUCAGCGAGAUCCAUGGCGCCAUCAGCACCGGAAAGGAGGCCAACGUCUACCACGCCAUCCUGCACCCCGAGGGCGACGGCCCCAACAUUCAACGGGCCAUCAAGGUGUACAAGACUUCGAUCCUCGUCUUCAAGGACCGCGAAAGGUACAUCACGGGCGAGCACCGCUUCCAGAAGGGCUUCGACAAGAGCAGCAACAGGAAGAUGGUCAAGCUGUGGGCCGAGAAGGAGUUCCGCAACCUGAGGAGAAUACACGCUGCCGGAAUCCCGUGCCCAGAGCCCAUCAGCCUGAAGCUGCACGUCCUUGCCAUGGGCUUCCUCGGUGACAAGAGGGGCUGGGCCUACCCCCGGCUGAGAGACGCCAACCUGACCGGUGACGAUGUCGACCAGCAGUGGAGGAACCUCUACGUCCAGCUUCUGGGUCUCAUGCGCCGGAUAUACCAGGUCUGCAGGCUCGUCCACGCCGACUUGAGCGAGUACAACAUCCUCUACAACAGCGGCAAGCUGUACAUCAUCGAUGUCUCCCAGAGUGUCGAACCCGACCACCCCCGCGCGCUGGAGUUCCUGCGCAUGGAUAUCAAGAACGUCGGUGACUUCUUCAGGAGAAAGGGCGUCGACACGCUCAGCGACCGUGCCAUCUUCGACUUUGUCUCGUCGCCCGAGGGUCCGGUCGAGGAGCCCGCCCUGGGCGAGGCGCUCGAGAAGCUGUACGAAAGCAGACCCGCCGACAACGAGGAGGCCGCCGCCGAGCAGGAAGUCGAUAACGAGGUUUUCCGGAAGCAGUACAUUCCCCAGACCCUCGAGCAGGUCUACGACAUCGAGAAGGACGGUGCCAAGAUUGGCCAGGGCGAGGGCGACAAGCUCGUCUACAAGAACCUGCUCGCCGACGCUGUCGUGAAGGAGGAUGAAGAACAGGAGGCCGAGGACGAGACUUCCGACGAUGAGUCAGGCAGCGGAGCGUCCUUGGCCAGCGGCGAGGAGGACGACUCCAGGUUCGACAAGGGCCGACCUAGGGGACGUAAGCACGAGGACAAGGAGGAGAAGAAGCAACACAAGCUGGCGGUCAAGGAGGCCAAGCGCGAAAAGCGCAAGGAGAAGAUCCCCAAGAGCGUCAAGAAGAAGCUGGUCUCGUCUUCGUCUAGGAAGAAGCACUGA